AUGGGAUGGGAGACGCGGCAUCGAUGGCAUCAGACGGAUUGGGAGGCAGUCGAGAGGAACCCAGAAUUCUUGAAGAUACCACAGCCAUUGUGGCUGUAUUGCCACGAUGCUGAAGCGUAUGCGUAUGAAAAAUGCCAGGCGGUGGUUGACCACGUGAAGUCUGGCACGCCGUUUGAGUCGGCCAAUCUGCCAGAAGGCUAUGUUCAUGAAGACUGA